AUGGGCUGCUCUGAAUCUCAACCUUUUAAAUCAUCUCUCACAUUCAAAACUUAUUCAACCAUAGAUUCACCAUCAACAUUCAUUCUUCCUAUUUCACUUAAUGCUACAUAUGAUCAUUUUGAUACUUAUGAACUUGAUGAUCAGAAUAUAUCACAUUAUUAUGAUGAAAUCUAAUAAAGAGUUAUAUCCAUACCUAAAUUACGACCUAUUAAUAUGUCAAUCAUUUUUUAAAGAAGAAAAAUGUCAAUCAUUCAAUGA